CGACAGGUGACCGUUCUUCUGAGCUUGGCGCUUGCUCUCGUAGGCUUCGUAACCAGCGACGCCUCCGUCGUUAGCGGUACAGCUCCAGGUUUCGCGACCGGCACAACGGGCGGUGGCAACGCCAAGCCCGUGGUUCCAAACUCCAUCCAGGAACUCGCGGCUGCUCUCGGCGGCAACGAACCCCGCGUGAUCGUGCUCAAGAAGGAGUUCCGCUUCGUCGGCACCGAGGGCUCCAAGAAGGAGAAAGGGUGCCGCCCCAAGAACAACAUCGACUGCAUGGCCAAGAAGAGCGGGUUUCUGGGGCAAGAUGCGAUUCAGCCGAGCUUCAGCCAGUGCGACGGGUCUUUGAUCGAUAUCACCUAUGACAAGGCGGCUACCAACCCCCUCAUCGUUGGAAGCAACAAGACACUGGUGGGUGAAGGCAGCAAGGGAGUCCUCAAUGGAAAGGGCCUCAUGAUCACUGGCAGCAACGUCAUUAUCCAGAACAUCCACAUCACCAACUUGAACCCCCACCUGGUGUGGGGCGGCGAUGCCAUUACCAUUCGUGGCAACGGCAACGUCGCGCCCAAGGGCAUCUGGAUCGACCACGUCAAGAUCUCCAACAUCGGCCGCCAAAUGAUCGUCGUCAAUUUCUCCGGAGCCACGGGCCUCACCAUCAGCAACUCGGACUUUGACGGAAACACCAAGUACUCGACGUCGUGCGACGGCCGUCACUACUGGGGGUUCUUGAUCUUAGGCAAGCGGACCGAGCUCAGCUUGAUCGGCAACUACAUUCACCACACGUCGGGCCGAUCGCCCAAGAUCGGAGGCCACGACGGUGAGACUUCUGUCGUCCACGCGGCUAACAACUACUUCUCUGAAAAUUCUGGCCACGCGUUUGACGUGGCGACGGGAGGGUAUGUGCUGGCGGAAGGCAACUACUUCGAUUCCGUGAAGCAGCCAACCAUCGACGACCCGAAGGGCAACUUCCUGGUUCCCUACGCAGCCGGUGACUGCAGAGCGGUCAUCGGUCGCGACUGCAAGCUCAACGUUGUCGCCAAGAGCGGCGCCCUCAAGGGGAACUCGCAGGGUAAGGGCUCGCAGUUCGUCAACGUCAAGUCGCUGAUCAACCAGUACAAGGUGACGGCUGCUACCAAACUUGCAGUGGGGGCUGGUAACUUCGGUGUCGGCAAUCUGGGCAGCAGUGGGUCCGCGAAGCAGGGUGUAGAUCAGUCGCCUAUU